CCGACGCAUCGCGACGCUACUAGUUGUCGGACUACUAAAGCCCCUUUGUCUAUGGGAAUACAAAAAAUAUAUAUAUAUAUAUAUAUAUAUACGUAACAAAAAAUAAUCAAAUUCGAUACUACGAUCAGGAUCUGAAAAUUUAGCUUUAUCAGCCUCCGGUUAUCGUUAUCGUAUACAGUACGAAAGGACGGUCCAUAGUGAAGUGAUUCUGUGUGCCAAAGUGUCUUCGUUAAGACUACAGGGCUUUUCAAAAACUAUACCAAAGAUGUGGUAUCUACUACCCCUACUGAUGGCAUUCCUAAGAACCGCCACUUCCCGCACGGAGCCACUUCUGGAUAUGUCGUCCCAGGGACACCGAAACGACUUGCCGUACUCAUUCGAAAAUCUUAACGGACCGAGUGAUCUACACCCUUUAAAUCUACCCGCCUCAAUUCCAAAACCGGAAAUUGAUCUGGACAGAUCAAAUCAGCCGCACGAGUGGCUCGACUCGAAAUUUCCAUCGAGCGUUUCACGACUUGAAAAACUGGCAGCCCUGGAGGAAUUGGGUGACAAUCGAUUUAUAAAUAUCGACGAACAAGGCGAAUCAAGGGAGGAAAUGGAAGACACGGAAUUCACACGUCUCUCUGGACUUCUGACAAAAAUUCUCCAGGAGCCAGGUACUUGGGAGGCUCCGUUGAUACUCGUAGAGGAACCUAACCUCUGGAACGAUUCGGAGGACCGGAAUGAGUCUGAGGAUAAGUUUGAAAAUGAACCGACCGUUUGGAAGAGAUCACGUUACUAUAGACGUUAUCCAUGGAAGAGACAAAAUUCACGAUCACGCAAUAGCUACGAUUACGAUUCCUCGCGUUAUUUAUGCACGCCUACGAGGGAGGACGUUUUUCAACUACUUGUGGCACUUCACGACGCACGUCAGGGCAACAAGUCGCGAACCGUGAAUUUCUGCAAUCGACGCCGACCAGCUGGCGCCGUCUUCACGAACAUUCGCUUCCUCGGUCGCAGGAAGUAAUGGGAGCUUACGAGAAGGGAAUAACUUUACGGAAGGAACAAUGAAAACGACAUAAUAAUAAGAAUGGAACAAUUAACGAAACGAUAUUUAUGAUUGGAUAAUCGACAAUCGUGAAAAUCGUUAGAAAUGACAUUUUCGAAGAGCGCGCAAUUCAAACGUCUAUGACUCACGUAGUCUGCGAGUUACGAGUCAAGAGAACGCUUUUGCGAAUUGCAAUUACAGAUAUAUUUUAAUGAUUAAUCGUUUCGAAAAUUUAUUUUUAAUAACACACUAUUUAUUGACAUAUAGCAUUUGGUAUGUAAUAUCCUAUUUUGCCAGGUAACAAAAUAUUCAAAAACAUUUGUAACGUAAUACUUAACGGUUUUUUGACUUUUGAAAAUUUUUUUUUUCUGUAUUACAAAUCCUUUUAAUUAGGUUGAUCGCUAACAAUACGCAAAUUUGAACUGAAUUGUUUUUCAAAAUUAUUACAGAAAAAAUGACUCGGACCUCGCUCUUGCGAUUACAAGUAAGUUAAAAAUUCUUCGACUUGCUGUGUGAAAAGUUCGAUUUAAAGAAAAAAAGAAAGAAGGAAAAGAAGAAAAACUAAUCACAAAGCUACGUCGUACGAAGACUGUCAAUGCAUGCUAAACUUUUAACGAGGGUACUUAGAACGGAGAUGUUAAAGAAUAAUGUCACGUCUCGAUGUGUAUGUUUGUCCCAUAUAACAAAUCAAAGUGAUUUAGAAGUCAUGAAGAAUUAGUUUUUUCAAAAUCAAUCACGUGUACACAGCGCCACGAUUUUACCCGUGAGAAUCAACUUAAGCAAAAUUACUUUCCGACGUAAUCCCAUACAGACUUUUGGCAGCCAUACAAAUUUGAAUCAUACAUAGAAAUACCCUGAAGCAAACGAGGGCCUAAUUAAACCUAUAUUGAAGUAACGUGUACUAGCAGUAUUAAAAUUAAAGAAGAAAAAAAACUAAUAAUGAUAAUAACAUUAGCAACAAUAAAAAUCAUUCAUUCAAAUUCA